GUAAGUGGCUCCAUGCUGGGGACACGUGUGAUUGCGGCUAAGGAGAUGAAUGUCGGUUCGCUCCUCUCCCCAGUCCAUGCUGCUUCCCUUCUUGAUUCUCCACUUUGCCGUGGCGGCAACCUCGGCACCAGACGUUGUAGCUCAGUUUGAGGGGGACGUCACUCUGAGCUGCCUCUUCCCAUCCCAGCCCGGGAUGAACCUCCAGCGUCUGACCCUCACCUGGCAGAAGGAGCGGGCAGGGGCAGAGGCCCUAGUGCUUCAUAGUUACUAUUACGGGAAGGAGCAGCUGGAGAGACAAGACCAGAUUUAUAGGAACCGGACCCAGCUGGAUCCAGAGGGGCUGGCCCGGGGGAAUGCGUCCCUGACACUGAGGGGUGUCCGCACCCAGGACGAGGGCAUCUAUCUCUGCCACGUCACCUCGGAGCAGGGCAAGAUUUCAGUGAGGAGGCAGGUUGCAGUGAUGGCCCCGUACUCGGAGGUCCGACUGGAGGUUAGCGUGAGCAGCCAGGUGACCCUGACCUGCCGUGCGGAGGGCGGGUACCCCGAGGCCUGCGUGCUGUGGCUGGACGGAGCCGGGAACAACGUGACGGCGGAGAGCGACAGCAGCCUGCAGAGAGACCCCAGCGGGCUCUGUGAUGUGAGCAGCCGAAUCCUCCUGCCCAGGACAGGGUGUGGCAACUACACCUGCCUCCUGGAGAGCCCCGGACAGCCCCACGUCGUCCGACACCUGAGUGUCUCCUGCAGCCCAGAUAACUGUACUAACAACCUGUGCCUGCCUAUCACCCUGCCCCUGAUGGUGCUGCUGGGUGUUCUUGGAAUCGUCUUGUGCUUCCUGAGGCGUCGGUUCUCGUGGUGUUCGGCUGCAAGAGGACUGUGACCCACGUAACGUCGUCCUGAGCUGUGCAUGAAGCAGGAUCACCGUGCUGAGGAUCAAAAAUACCAUUGUUUUAAAAUAAAUUUAUUUUAAAUAAAUGUAUUUUUCAUUUAA